AUGGGGCGUAUAAAUUUGAAAACGAAACAGCGCAUCCCCAACGACCCGCGCAACCUCUCCUGGGCGAACGAUGCGAGUAAAUUCGCUCGGCUGGGACCCUCGCGCGGGCUCGGUGUGGACGGCGAGGGCCGCACGAAGGCCCUGAGCGUGACCCAGAAGCUCGACAUGCUCGGCAUCGGCGCGGACCACAGGAACAGCGCGGAGGGCCUCGCUUGGAAGCAGAACAAGGAUUUUGAGAACCUGCUCCGCCGCUUGAAUGCGGUGAAUGGAGACGGGGAGGAGGAGGAGGAGGAGGAGGAGGAGGAGGAGCCGAUGAAGAUCGACGGGUUCGUCCGUCCGUCUGCCUCCAAUGUGAGUGCGAGCCAGGAGGACGCGGAAAGGCGCGGCCGAGAAGAAGAAGAAGAAGAAGCGGAAAACGACGCGCAGGAGGACGAUGGCGAGAGGAAAAAGAAACGCAAAAAGAGCGCACCAUCAGACAACGAGACGUCGGAUGUCGAGCGUAGUAACAAGAAGGACAAGAAGAAGAAGAAAAAGACCUCCGCGGAGGGAUCCGCGGUCGAUUCACCAGCACCAGCCACUUUAAUCCCGACUCCUGCACCUACACCUUCCUCAUCGUCCUCCACCCCUGCGGUCGGAAAGCCGAAACACCCCCGCGCAGCUUUCCGAGGCCGGCACAUGGCGUCGAAGAACCUCGCGUCCAAGUCUGCCUCCGCUAUCGCCGAGAUCCUCGGCAUCUCCGACUCAUCCACGCCCACCCCCGCCAUCUCCAGCUACCCGUCUUCUGCCCCACUCCCUACCCUACGCCGCGACCCCAACCGAUGCACUCAAGCUACAAGAGCUGACAGUGUCGAGCAAGAGCCUCGCGGCGAAGAGCAACGCGCGCAUCUUCGCGUCCCCCUCUACUCCCGCGGACGCGAACGAGGAAGAGGCGAUGACCGGCCGCGCAUGGGGCUGGGCGCGUCGAGGCUCCGCGUCGGGGAGGAGGACGCGGACCGGGGCGAAGGGCGGCGGGGGCUUGGCGGGAUCGGCAGCGGGAUGCGGUUGCAGUUUGCGGCCACGUUCCCGCCGGCGACCGCUUCUGCAUCGGCGGAGCCUGCGCCAGGGCCCGAUCCAGAGGAGCGGCCAAAGAAGAGCAGGAAGAAGGAUGAGGAGAAGAAGAACAAGAAGAAGGAGAGCAAAGCUGACGAGAACGGUGGUGCGGACAGUGCAGACGUGGAGACGGGUGUCGAGGACGAAAAAGCGGAGCGGAGAAGGAGGAAGGAGGAGAAGCGACGGCGCAAGGAAGCCGACGCACGAAGUCAGGCCCAGGCUCAAGAUUCAGCAGGCGUGGGGGAAGGAGAGCCUGUGGACGGAGAGCGCAAGCGCAAGAAGGAGAAGUCGAGGAAGGAUCGGUGA